AUCUUUGGCAGUUGGUUGGUAGCUGUGUAACAUCUGUGAAUGUUGUGUUUUUAAGUUUUCUGCUAACCUGUAGUUGUCAAAACAAGAAAAUGUGUGAUUGCCAUAUGUGAAUGGUGAUUUUUCCAUUGCGAGAGUUUUAUGACGUAUCAACAACUUGAAAUAGUAACUGAUUUGAAGACUUAUGGCCUUAUAUACAUUAACGCUCGUCCUCACGUGACAAACACUUGCUGUGGCUAGCGAUUGGGUGGCUGAUAUGUCUGCAUUUGUGACAGCCAAGUAGUUUGAUGUGUGAAGGUCUCGAUGGCGCUGCAGUGUGCGGAGAUGCAUAACUAUCCUGUGUGAUGCACAGUUGCGCAGUUAAGGGAUGGGCUGAAAGAUGCAGAGGCAGAAUGAGGCGAUGGCACAUCAGCGCUCAGCUCCAAGAUGGAAAGAAUGGAUACCUCUUGUCACUCAGCAGUUACGUUUGCGAAAUUUAAUCCAAGUUAUUGCCUACAAUGUUGGUAUUAAUGGAGAAGAUAGUCAUGAUGUGAAAAUAGAUUGGACACACCAACAGAAACCAAUCAGGACAUGCUGUUCUCCAGAUUACAUUCUUCAGAAGCAGAAAUCUGACAACAAAAAAAUUUCUUUCUACUACACUUUACACUUGACAACAAUGUCAUCACCAUUUUAUACCAGUGAAAAGCUGGAGAGUGAAAAUCCAAAGUGGGAAGAAAUUGAAGUGAAUGAUUUUGUGGGCAAUGUAAAUACUGCAGUAAAUGGUAUUGUCAUCCGUCUCUGGUUACACCGGAAACAAGAGAAGGAUGUAGUUUUGACUGUUUGGGGUGUUUACUUCAAUGGUUUAAUUUACUUGGGACCCAAGCUCUGUUCAGAUCCAUCUUCAUUUUGUAUUAACACUAUUGUGUUUCACAUGCAUGGUGGCUAUUUUACUGCUCCUGAAUGUUUUAAGGAGCAGCCCCAAAAGAUUAGAAAUUCUAGAAUUUUACUCAAUCAAAGUGAUGUACGCCCCAGCUAUACUGUUAGUCUUUUGCUAAGGCUACAUACUGUUCAACAAGCAAUAAAGAAACAAAUGCUCUCAGCACAAAGUUUGAGAGAAAAAAUUACUCUUGGAGGUCUGGUACCUCUCAGAUCAAAUGAAGGCGAGUCACUCUUUAGGCUACUGAAUGUUAGCCAGUCCAAAAACCGUCGACAGGAGAUUUUAAAACUUAAGCAGGAAAUAGAAAAAUUGAAGUUCAAAGUCUCAUUACUCAGCCAAGAGAAAAGGAGAAAGCAGGAACAAGUUGUACAAAUUGAAAAAACGAGUAUUGCCGUAACUGAAGAAAAUCAAGAUCGGGGAAUUAACUUAAUGGCCAAAUAUGAACACCUGUACAAAGAAACAGAGCAGUUAAAAGAAUGGAGAAAGAGCUAUUUAGAUGCUCGGGAAUCUUUUGUGCAUAUAAAUGCCCAGCUUAAUUUUCGCAGAAGGCAACUGAUUUCGGAGUUAAGUUUCAUAUACCCAAUCGUACAGGAAUCAACAGACAAGUUCACAAUUGCUGGUGUCCAUUUGCCCAAUUCUGAGGACUUCGCAGGGCAUGAAGAAAACACCAUUUCUGUUGCUCUGGGAUAUGUUGCCCAUGUUGUGCAGAUGAUUUCAGUAUUUCUGCAAGUUCCGUUAAGAUACCCCAUUAUACAUUUUGGAUCAAGAAGCAAAAUUGUGGAUCAUAUAUCAGAUAAAAUACCGGAUAAAGACAGAGAGUUCCCAUUAUUUUCAAGAGGAAAGGACAAACUUCAGUUCAAUUAUGGUGUUUAUUUAUUAAAUAAGAACAUUGCUCAACUUAGAUGGUAUUUUGGCUUACCAACACAGGAUCUUAGAGCCACACUACCAAACAUGGCAGCACUUCUUCAGCUUGGUCCAGGAGCUAACAACUUUGACAUAACCCAUCAUGCAGUGUCAAGUUCCUCAUUGGAUCUUCGUAGCUCCUCCCAAAAUAUAAGUUCACCUGGAAGUGUCCAAACAGUUUUUCGAAAAGGGCAUAGGGUAUCAAAAUCAAUGGGCAGCACCGAACUUCAUUUUCAGGUUACUGCGCAAUCAAAAGUAAUUUGUUCCGUCCACCAGAAUGGCACUACUGCCAGAAGUGAUACUCAUGUUGGUGGAUCGUCUGCUACACCCAGUACUCUUAGUUAUUCCUUAGAUAAAGGCUUAGACGAAUAUCAUGAGAUGAAGAAGUCAGAGGAUGGCAGGAAAACAGCUUCAGAUUUCCGUGAGGAAAGAGUCUGUGGAAACUUAGGCCAUGUUGGCUCUGAACCCAUCCUUUCUAAUAAGAAUAAAUAUCAGAAUGCUGUGGUGCAAGAGCCUGAAGCAACCAGUUCAGCUGAUGAAGGCCAGAAGAAAUUCUUACAGAAUUGGCAAGCUCGUGGUCCUGCGCCUAUCUGUUCUGAUGAUGAUGCUGAUGUUCUACAAGCAAUUCAGUUACCAUCAGAGCUGAGUACUGGAAACUUAGCAGGUGAAGUAAUGAGAGAAAGGCACAGCACACAACACAAUGAACAUUUAAAAGAAGAAACUGUGAAUGGUGAUGUUGUUAGUAGUAUCCUUGUAUCACCAGUGUUGAAAUCUAUCUGUGUAGACAGUUUGUGUAACAGUUUAACAGCCAAUGAAGGCAGCAACCAUGUUGAAGUGGAUGUGACUGAAAAAUAUGUUUCUUGUCCAAAUACUGUAUUAACUUUGGAACAGAACAGAACACCUGGAGUCCCUGGUCAAGGGAUGUGUGAGAAUAGUAUGUAUUCACACAGUGCAUCUCUGUCAGAUGAUGUAAGUAUCUUGUCCACAACAGUGUGUCCUCUUUCUGACAUUAAAGCUGUUUCUGUUAUUAAUGAAAGACUAGAUUCUGAAAGGUCAGAAAAUGGCAUUUCAUUGAGUGAAGCUUGUCCUGUGGUUGGAGAAACUGCACUUGUUGACAACAUGUUUGAAAAUGUUACUGUUCGGACAGAAGCAUUAGCUAGUCGCUCUGGAAGUUUCAAUUUGGUACGAUCAAGGCAUAGCAGUAUGAUUGAUGACUGAUAUUUGCCAUUUAACUGUAGAAUUAUUUGAAGCAUUUUUUUUUUCAAAUAAUGUGGCUGAACUGUAAAUAGCAUUUGCAAUUGUAAUAUAUUUAUUUUGUAAUUAUGUAUCAAUGUGGAGUCCAAUUUAUUAUAGGUUGCAAAGAGAAAAGUGUGUGGUGUUCCUAGGAAAGGCUGCUGGAUUUAUUUGAAGAGGGUUACACACUGCAACUGUAAAUGUCAGUGUUUUGUUGUUCUUAUGUUAUAACAUUUAUUUGGAACUAUUCAGUACUAACCAACUGAAUAGUUCCUCAAGCAAAAUCUAUUAUGACAUAAUGAUUAUUAUUGUUAAUAGCUACUAAUGUUCCAAUAAAAAGUAAGAACAUUUUUAACAGAACUUGAGAGAAAAGACUGUACUAGGCUUCUUGAAAAAUAAAUUUAAAAAAAUUCUUUUUUCUU